UUGUUGACACUGUCUUUACAGGUUACGAAGGAGGAUAGAUCUUUCACAGAUAUAAUGAAAUGUUACAGAAGUCAACCCCAAGCCAACAGCAGUGUGUACAGAAGUGUUCUUCUUAAAGGAGGGAAAUGGUCAAGGAUGACUGGUCUUGAUGAGCAUAAUGGGGAAGAUGUAAUCAUGGAAGAUCAAGUGCUAAGUGGUGAUCGUCCAGAAAAUAGCAUUGUACGUUAUCCUGGCAAAGCAAGUAGUCCUUCAUUGUCUCCUGCCAAAGUGUCCAGGUGUCCUGUAACUCUUCAGGAGGAGAGGGGUGACCUUAUUAAGUUCUAUAAUACAGUCUAUGUGAACAGGAUUAAAGAAUUUGCACUGAAGUACUCCAGUGUAAAACUGGAAUGUGGGGUGGAAGCACCGCCACUAUCUCCUUUUCCAAAUGUUAAAUCCCACCCUGUAUCACCACGUCGAAUAUCACAGAGGCAUGCAGUCUACAUUUCUCCUCACAAGAAUGGCACCUCCCUAACACCACGUACAGCAAUGAUGUACAGGUUUAACCGAAGCCCAUCAAAGAAUCUCAGAGACAUCAACUGCAUGAUCAAACAAGGGGAGAGGCUGAGCAGAAAACGAGCAUUCACCAUGGAAAGUGACAGCGAGUCUCCAGCAAAACGUCUCUGCCAAGAAAAUGAUGACAUUUUGUUAAAACGAUUACAGGAUGUUGUCAGCGAGCGGGCAAACCGUUGAAAGCAGUGCCAUGCACAAUCAUGCUUCUGCUUCAGGUUUAUUACGUAGAAUUCCUAGAAUCAGACAUAUCAGAAUAAAGAGUAUAAUUAUGUGUGGAAAACCUAGAAUCCUUUCCACAUUCAACUGUCAGGUUGACACAUGCCCAGCAAACUGACCACUGUGAACGUUUUUCCAUGCCCCCCACCCCCCGAAAAAAUACCUGUUAUCCAGAAAAGGCUGUUAAUUGAGAACAGACUCAAAUAUGCAUCAUCACUUGGUACUAAAGGGAUGAAAUUAUUUAUCUCCUUAUCAGUAAUCAAAAAUCUGACACUCUAGGCAUGCUGCGAGUGUUGUUAGUGAAAAGCAGGAUAUCAGCAUUUCAUCUUGCUGCCAUUUUCACAGUUGCCUGAGGUAAUGUUUUGACCUUGAGUGCAGCUAAGUAAUAAGUUCAGAUGUUGGGAAGAAAACCUUUAGGAUAUUUGCAGCUGAAUUUGGCUGGUAUGUUUUCAGUGAUUUAUUUGGAAUUAGAUUGCCAGCUGUUAUAAGUACAAGGAAGUUUCAAAGAGCUAUCAGUUUUUAAUUGUGUAGUUUUCAUGCGAAGGGCAUCAAGCAAAUAAAAUGCGUGUUUGGCAGCCUCUCAACAAAGUUCUGUAACUCACCAAAACCUGAUGGCUUUAAAUUCCUGUAGAGUGGAAUGUACCUGUAAGCUCUGUCCCUUAUAGCUGCAUCCCUUACAGUUGCAGUAUUCCAAUUCACUUAUGGAACUGAUUGACACUGAUUCUUGAAGCCUACUUGCAUACAAUGAACACAGUCACAGUAAUCUCCUGUGUGUAGCUCAGAAGGCCCCUUAGAAAGUGGAUUAGUGGAAUCCUAGAGUCUUUUGUGAGAGUUUUGUGCUUGUUAAGUGGAGAAAUCUUAGUGCUGAAAGGUGAACCAUCUUCCAGGUUAGAUGAGACACCACUGCAGGGUUUUGCUCUAUCCUCUUUGUCCAGAUUUGCUUCAGCACCAAUCUCAGAAGAGCACCUUACUUGCGUCAAUAUGAUAGUUUCUUGUUUGAGACUUCCUUCCUAUUGUACUAGUCGAUGACAUUGGCUGUAAAAAGCCUUAUUGCCAUCAUGACACUGACCGAUAAUUUUAAGAUUGGUGGGAGUAAAGCACUCAUCCCAGUUUACCUUGAGAUUGUAAGCUUUACUGAGAAUUUGUUAUUUUUUGGAUCCUCUUCAGUCUGAAGCUGUAUAAGCCAUAGAAAUUACAAUUUAUUUGGGUCGUGAUAUUUGAGUUUUCAUGAACUUGUUUUUUGCUGAGUUUCUGCCUGAAGAGAGAUUGUGAAGGAAGAUCUUUUCCAGAAAGCUUUUGCCUUACCAGGUUUUUGGGCUAGGCUGUUGCCCAUUUUAUCCUGUCUUAGUGAGAAUAGCGAAUUUUCCUAUUUGCCUUUACACUUUUAAAUGCAUAUCUCUAUCCUUGUAGAUUUUGGCAUAUGCAGUGGUAAAUAUUUUAAAAUCUUAACCAUACAUGCCGGAACCCCCACACAUCUCAAGGAUGAUAUUUAUGUUGUGCAGAAACCAUGAACUAAUUACAUCAUUUUUCAUUUCAUAGAUGUGACAAUCACUUUCUCCCAGUGAUUCUACUCUUUUACUAAUGAAGCAUUAUCUCCGGUAAACCAAGUGGUGUGGUGGACAAGACAUUGUUUUCUUUUUAACCUGGUACUUUUAUCCAGGAAUAUGCAGACCUUCCUCUCUGACGUACUAAAGAAUCUGAUGAGUGAGUCUGUCACAGAAGCUGGACUAGAUUUUUAAAAAGGCCAUGCUAUUUCUUGCACGCCCCAACAUGUCGGAAAUAUUAAGUGUCACACUGAAGCUGCAAUAUUGAACAAACUAGAGAGAGCUUUAUUAUUUAUUAAGCUAAAGCUAUAAUGGACCUGGAAUGCCUGAUGGUGGUAAACAUAAAACUUCAAAUUACUAACUCUGCUCCCUCGCCAACCUACCAAACAACUCGCACCAUGCAUUUGAAAGAUUCUGAUGUUUUGUCAUUAUUCCUCAGAUACUCUGAUUUUAUAUAUAUUUAUAGGGCCCUGCAGCUUUUUAGGUAUUCUUGCCAGUAACCAGUGCUCCAUCAUGGAGGGUUCCCUGAAGAUUUUGGGCACUCCUUGCAACGCCUGUGUGUUCUUCAUUAUUGUAGUAAGCUGCAGUGCUUUAAAAUGUAUUGUGUAGUAUCUACACACUUUCUCUCCUUUCUGCAUACAUUUUCUGUUGUGAAAAAGAGGAUGGGAAUUGUUAAUUAUCAUGUAAAUUUGUAUAGAACUGAAGUUUUAGAUUAUCCCUUACAUUAAUAUUCUACUUUCAAUGUUUUAUGUAUGGAACUGAGAGAUAGUUUGAGUUUUUAAGCGUGAAAGUGUGUUAAGAAAAUUAUCAAUUCUGAUUCUUUUUCUCGCCCAGGAUUUUAAAUGUUUUUAGGAGCUUAUUUUAUUUCUUUGAGCAUUAACAGGUAGCUUACCACUUCCAGCUGUGUCCUGAGACCAGACUUAAUGUGGAGGAGGGGGAAACAGGUGGGGAAGUGCUGUUCCCACUUCUGUCAACUCCUGGGAGCAAAAUCUCCGCUACUCAGCAACUCAACUUUAAACAUUCCAUUCUUGUGAGACAGCUCAUUGUUUAGUAAUGAGUUCUUUUACACCACUUUUACCUCCAGGUCAGAAAUGGACAAUGAGGAAAACAUUCAGGAAGCCGGUUACAUGUUAGCAACAUCCUCAAUUCUGAGGGUUUUCCUUGUCAUAAAAGAUUGAAACCCUAGUGGAACAGAAUGAAUGACACUUUGCACACUGUUCUGUCAGCAUCUGCAGCAGAUUGGGAACAGUCCCAUUGAAACUCUACCUCUCAAUCUCCAGAAAGUUGGAUGGUAAAUAGUAAAAGUCCCCAGUUAUCAGGCAAAUUCUUCCAGUUCUGCUUCAUGUUGCUAACAUAUAACUUCCAGAGGAACUGUUCCCCUCUUCCUCAAACACAUCAUGAGCUGAGGAAUUUUCCCAGUUGCACCCCCCCCCACCUCCAGCCAGAAUUGACUGCUUGUUGUGAUGUGCUGGACUGCCAGUGAGGAGAAGUGGUUGAACCAUGAGCAGAAAGUGUUUUUUGUUGAAACAUCUUGUGAUAACUUUAAAGUUUUCUAUCUUCUAUAAAGUACACUUUUUAUCUUGUGAUAAUGAAGUGACACUGCAGUUUAAGUAUAUCCUUUUUUGGACUUUGUUUUAAUAAAAUAAAACAUUUUCAGGAUCUUUUUAUAUUCUGUUAGAUUUGACUCCGUUAGGCUGUUGCACUGAUGUUUCACAUGGUUUGGUGUCUUUUUAUACACCAAUUACUCUUUCUCCUCGUGCCAUCAGCAAUGAUUCAGUGAGUAACACUCCUACAGUGGUAUCAGAAAGUCAUGGUUCAAGUCGCACACUCCAGAGACCUGAGCUUGAUUCAUGCUGCAGUAUUGAGUGAGUGACACUGAGUAGUGUAUUUUUUGGAAGAGACAUUACACUUGUUACAAAACCAUAGAGGUGUUUUUUUUUUAGUGACCAACAGAAAUAACCCAUGAACAUUAUUUCAUGUUUUAAGACUUUACUGCCAUAAGCACACUAAGAUCAGCAUAGUUCCCUCAACUGUUUGAUCUGAUACAUAGAUCUAAACAAAAUAUAUUUGAUUGCAAAUUAAAUCUGACUUGGAUUUUACAACAUUUUUUCAGUGCAGCACAAUUCUGGCAGAUGUGUGGCUCUGCAGGAACAAUUCCAAAGCACCUUUCAGCUCUCCAGCAGGUUCAGUUCUCCUCACCACGUUACACUGAAAUUUCCAGUGACCUUCAAAGAUCAUUCCAUUCAGCUCAAGUUCCCCAAUCUAGUUUUCCAGACUUGCUUGGCAAGUUGAUAAGUUUAUGCUAGAGUCUUGAAAGACGGACUGAGUUUCGGAACCACAAGGUCAUGUUGCAGCUGUACAAAACUAUGGUGCGGCUGCACUUGUCGUAUUGCAUACUGUUCUGGUCAACGCAAUAUAAGGAUGAUGUGGAAGCUUUGGAAAGGGUUCAGAGGUGAUUUACCAGCAUGAUGCCUGCUAUGGAGGGAAGGUCUUACGAG